UCGAACCGACACUUUUCGCGAUGAAGGAGGACGACGCCUUGCCGACGACGGCGACGGCGAAUUCGAAGAAGGAACACUCCGAAUCCGUGUUGUUCGGAAGAGGACGUUACAAGUUCUACGCGUUUGCUGCUCUCUUGCUUCUAGCAUUUUGGUCGAUGUUCACCGGUACAGUAACGCUCCGGUUAUCCACCGGGAAUCUAAACCGGUUAUCUGAAGAUCUCCGGGUUCGAAACUACGAUCACCUCGACGCUCUGGAAAUGGAGGAGAGGGAGAGAGUGGUGAAGCGUAUGUGGGAUGUGUAUACCAACAGUCGUCGGAUCAAGUUGCCUCAGUUUUGGCAAGAGGCGUUCGUUGCUGCUUAUGAUGAGCUUACUAGUGAUGUUCCUGGGGUUAGAGAUGCUGCUAUUGAUGAAAUCGCUAAGAUGUCGGUUCAGUCUGUCAAACUUGAUUCAAAACCUUCCCGAUCUAUGAGCGCAAGGGGUCUGGGAAGAAGCUUCAAGAAGAUUCUACACAAGCCAAGCAGCAAGUAGCUGAUGAUAAUGAUAAACCCAAGUUCAUUUCUACUUGCUGAAGCCAAAAAGAUGAUCCUUUUAAAUUCCAUCGAUUGGUAGUUACAUACAAAUACCUUAUUAUGAGGGAUCCUUGUGAUAUACUUUCAUCUGUAAUACAAACACAAUCGAACUCUAAAGUCUACAUUAAUUAAAGUAAAUCUUGAAGAAAA